AGCCGCUGCUUGCCGUGGUAAAAGCAGCCCAUAGUCUCAGUGUGCGCACUGACAGCAUGGCAGGAGACAGCGACAGCAAGUUGGACAAUCAAGCCGAAAAUGAGCAUGUUGUCAGGCAACCUUUCCUCAUCGGGGUAGCCGGCGGCACUGCCAGCGGCAAGUCAUCAGUUUGUGGGAAGAUUAUGGAGCUCCUUGGCCAGAAUAAGAUCGACCAUCAUCAGAGGCAGGUGGCCAUCCUCAGUCAGGACAGUUUCUACAGGGUACUGACCCCCGAACAAAAGGCCAAGGCUCUAAAAGGACAAUUUAACUUUGACCACCCAGAUGCGUUUGAUAAUGAGUUGAUAGUCAAAACCCUGUGUGAUAUCAUGGAGGGAAGAACGGUCCAAAUUCCAGUCUACGACUUUGUUACCCAUUCAAGGAAAGAAGAGACGGUUGCUGUUUAUCCAGCAGAUGUGGUUUUAUUUGAAGGCAUUCUUAUGUUUUAUUCGCAAGAAAUCCGAGAUCUGUUUCAGAUGAAGCUGUUUGUGGACACGGAUGCAGAUACACGUCUGUCACGCAGAGUCCUGAGAGACAUCAGUGAGAGAGGCCGUGACCUAGAGCAAGUGCUAAACCAAUACAUAACAUUUGUUAAGCCUGCUUUCGAGGAGUUCUGUCUGCCAACAAAAAAGUAUGCUGAUGUGAUCAUUCCAAGGGGAGCUGAUAAUCUAGUUGCCAUAAAUUUGAUAGUACAGCACAUUCAGGAUAUUCUGAAUGGUGGCUUGACCAAACGCUUGAAUGGAUACCUCAACGGCCACAACACGCCACGUAAACGGCAUCCCUCAGAGUCCAGCAGCAGGCCGCAUUGACCAGCCCUCUACCAGGACAUCAGGGAAUGCAAGAGAGAAUGAAUGUUUGAAAGAUGGAUGCAAGAGAAAAGAAGGAUUGCUUGUGCAUUUUGUUUAUUAGCCAACACUGUAUAAGACAAAAAGAAUCAAGAAUUUCAAAGACUGCCUUUUAUUUCAUUCUACUUCCUCCUUUUUUUGUUUUUGUUUUUUUCGACUGGCUACACUUGAUGUUUUAGAAGUUAGAUAGAUGAAUAGAGCUUCUAGUUCUGUGAUUGUUAAAGGUCAAAAUGGAAAUUUCCUCACUAUUUAUUUUACCAUUUUUUUUUUUUUUGUUUAGUUUUUGUACCUCUUUAAGGGUAGGUUUGUUGAAUAAAAGGGUGGAUGCAGAUAAUUAAAUAUUUCAUGACUCCAUGGUAAUGAGGAUUUAACAUAAUUUAAAAAUAUAUUAUUAUUGUUUUCUUUGUUGAUCCUUUUUUCUAGCAGAAAGGACUACAUUUGUACAUUUAUUUAAAGAACCUUUUAUGAUUUUGAAUCACUGGAAAGUUCUUUUGAGGUCAAAAACAGUUGAUGUUUUAAAAUUCCUUUUGUUUCUUCUUGGUUGUCAGUAAUGGAAUAUAAUUUUUAUUGAUAUGACGUCCCCCUAAGAUCAGUGUUUCUUGCAGAAGGAUAAACAUUUAUUCCUCCAUUUCACUUGAACAAUUCAGGCAGUGUUGCUAAAUCACAACAGGCCUCUCAGGGUGUAGUUACUACAAAUGAAAACAAUAACUCACUUUAGUCCUAAAAGGAAAGAAAAAUAAAUAAAUUUCUACAUUCAUCACGGAAUACUUCAGAAACCACACCUCUAACAUAGAAAGGGCAGUAAUCAGGCUAACUAAGCAAGACUAAAUUUGCUUAUGUGGUCCAUAUAUAUUGUACAUUUAUCAUACUUGGUUCUGAAUUACAAUUCAAGCACUGUUGAGUGUUACAGUGGCCACACAGACUCAAUCCUGGCACCUCUCAAAUAUUUACAGAGAUGCCAACUGACCCUUAUUAAGCAUGGUCAUGUAUUUGAAAACAAAAGUCCAGUGGUUGAUUGUGCAGUGUUGCUUUGGAGUGUUAGCAUGAAUAGUGAUCUAUUUGUCAAGAGAUUUAUGUUCAUAUACUAUGCUAUGCACUGUAUCCUUGACUCUAAUAUUGCAAUUUGGCACUCAGUUUAUGAUUCUCUUUAAUUAGACUUGUGAGAGGCAUUUAUAUAAUUGGAGAUGCUUACUUGAAUGGAAUUCUCAGUCUCUUCAUCCUUUGCAAUGUUUUUUUUUCACAUUGUUGUUUUUUUGUGUGUGUCAGUUUUAAACAAAUCUAACCACUAUUGAACCUGUGUUGUGACUUCAUAGAUGCCCAGGCUACCCAUAAUAUUUACACCAUGAUGCCAUAUUGGUCAGUCUUUGAGAAACUCACCAAAGAGUUUUGGUUUUUGUGUUUUUCAACAUGUGUUCACAAUUCAAGUGGUUUAAUUUUCAUACGCAAUACAUAUUUCCCCCUGUUGCACUCUGAAAUCAUGCAGGGAUGUGAACCUGAACAAUCCAACCUUUAAACCCAUAUAUCUUCCCUCUGAUCUUAAAAUCUUUCACUUAAAAUUGGUUAAUCAUUGACACUGUUCUUAUUCAACAUAAUUUUUUAUAUUUUAUUUAUUCUUUCACAUUGCUGCUAUUAUAGAGGGUGACUCAUCUACAGUCUUAUGUAGAAAAUUCUAAAUGAUCCAUUACUGACUGAUGUGAAUAUUUAUUUGAUUGAAUAUGAUUAUUUUGCUUUGACAUCAUUUAAGCAUCAUUAAUACAUUUAAUCAGAGUCAACAUCAUUUAUAUCUGGGCUAGAUGCAAAGAACUCAUUUUGCGCAUUGAAUACUUAUUUAGUACAUUGAGUGUGUGAUUCAGUUGGCAUGGCCAUAAAUUAAUUUGAAAUUUCUUACCAGAUGCUUCUCAAGAACCAGUUUGAAACCUUUGCAUCAAAUUUUGUGCCAUCAUAACAUUUUUGCAUGUGAAAUUACAGACUGUUCCUUUUUUUUACAUUAGCUAAAUAUUGUAAAUAUUACUUUUCUAAACAACUCUUUGUUACUCAUCCAGGCUGUUGAACAGAGAUAUUAAUACCUCUCAUCAGGUUUUUGAUAUAUUAGCACAGAUUUAAACACCAGCUUUUAAAAAUGCAGUACACCUUACAAACAAUUAUUUUCACAUAACCACACAGUUCAUCCCUGAAUAAAAUCAUGAUUUCAUCUCGUUAUUUUACCAACUUGCACACCCAGUGUGUAAUCCUACUUGACUGAAAAUGAUGCAAAUACAACAUUGCUUUUACUGAAAUUUGUGGGAUUCCAAAGAUUUAAGCUGUUGUCAUUGUUUAAUGUACAAUCAAUUAGUUGACUCCCACACUACUGUCUGUGAUUAUAGCAAAUACAGAUUUUACCAGAACAUUUGACCUAUUUAUGUUGACGUUAAAGAAAUCAUAGUCUGGAACAGAUUGUCUUGUUGUGAAGAGGAGAGACUUUGGAAGGGAUUUCAAAAGAAUGAUGUUUUGCAUGAUGUAUCAUAAGCCUAUAUGUUCAAUUAUUGAUGCCUUUAAGUUUUGGUGCUUGCAAAAAGGGUGCAAAAAUGCAAAGAAAGCCAAAACCAUACUAAAACUGGAAAAGACUGCAUGCUUUUGUUGUUGGACCAAAUAGAACUACAGUUGCAAGGCUUUAAAACGGCAUUUCUGUGACAUUGCAAUGAGUAUUAAUAACACUUUAUCUUGAAAUGUUAUUCUUGAAGCUGGAGAUGGGCUUUUUUUUUCCUUUUUAAGUGUCUCUGUGGUUUAAUAAAUCCAUAACUGUAUCAUCAUGUAAAUGUGUAAACAAUCGCAGAAAGUUGUAUAACAAAGUGGUUGACAGCAAAGCUGAAUAAAAAAGUUUUUGUACUCA